AUGUGGUGUGGGGCAGGGCCUCUGGCUGUGGUGGCUGCAGUAUUUUGGACUCAGUGUGUUCUUCUGGAUGGGGUGGAUGCCAAGAAGGAGAGAAAGAGGCCAAAGGAAGCCACCCCACAGCACACGGAGACGUACAACGCUACUCUAUCCAACAGUGAGGAGGUCGGUGGGAGCAUCAAGCAGAUUUCUGAUAACCAGAGAGUGGAUCCACUGGGAUCAUGGAUGGACUUUGUCAAGAGACCUGUAGGCAACUUCCCUGGAAAAUGUCGCAAACGGAAAAGACCCCUGCCGGGCCCACCUGGACCACCAGGUCCUCCAGGCCCACAGGGACCCCCUGGCUCUCCUGGGGCAGAAGUGACCCAGGAAGUUCUCCUCCAUGAGUUCAAAGAUAUGAUUAAAGAGGCUACAGAGAGGAGAGCGGCAGCAUUCGACAGACAAACCAGCCCCAGCCAGCUACCUAUGGCUCUCCUCACCCUGGAGGGGAUGACCUCCUACCGACGAAUAGAGGAAGCUUUCCACUGCAAGCUCAAAGGACCCGUAGUGGUCGACAAGAAGACUCUGGUGGAGCUCCAGAACUUUCAGACACCGCCGGCUAAAGGAGCCUUCCUCAGAGGGUCUGGGAUGGACCAGUCUACUGGGAGAUUCACCGCUCCCAUCACAGGGAUCUACCAGUUCUCUGCUAAUGUCCACAUCGAUCACAAUGAGGUGAAACGGAGUAAGAGUCAGCUGAAGGCCAGGGACAAUGUUCGUGUGCUGAUCUGCAUUGAGUCACUCUGCCACAGAUACACUUCACUGGAGAUGAUUGUUGGAUUAGAAAGUAACAGCAAGAUCUUCACAGUCAGUGUGCAGGGCCUGCUGGAGCUACAGGCUGGGCAGUACACCUCCAUAUUUGUGGAUAAUGCAGCCGGCGCCUCCAUUACAAUACAGAACGGCUCCGAUUUUAUGGGCAUGCUGCUCGGUGUAUAG